ACCAAGUGUUCUAUAUUAUACAGUUCUGGGUUCAGUUGGGGUUUAGGGUUCUCUCUGUUCAGUAGCAGACACUAUCCGCAUAGGGGUGAACGCUUUGUAAAGUGUAAUGGAUUCGGACACUAAUGCACCAAAAUCCAAAACUCCCAAAAAGGAGAAGAACAAGAAGAACAAGAAGCAAAAAGAUGUUCCCCCUGAACCUGAUCGAAUUGAGGUUGCGGUGGAGGUUGUCCAUGAGCACCCCAAUAAAACAGCUCCUGUUGUCGGUUAUUUUCCUUCGGGUUUUGAUCCGGUUAAGAAUUAUGCAAGUGGUUCCGGUCCCUCUGAAUUUCAACUUUACAGGCACAGGAACAUGUCGAAGAGGAUGCAGCUUGUUGUUCGCCCUCCUGGGUCUUCGGUGGAAUUUGUUGGAUCUAGUUUUUCUGGCGAGGCUGCGGCUGGACACCGGGCCAUGUUCGCUCUUGGACUCCUUGAUAAGGAAGCUGGGACCCUGAAGAUUGUUCCCAUUGCUGGUAAUAAGAUAUUCAGAUUGGAGCCAAAGAUUAAAGGUAUGGAAGCUGCUGACAAUGAGCCUGCGAACUCAACAUUGGAAGAGAUGACUCCGCAGCAGAAGAUUGCAGAGACGACUUCUAUAUGGGGAACAAAGAGGGAUAUAGAGAAGGCUAAAAAGAAGCUAGCUCUCAAGCAAGAUGAAGAUCCUAAUUCUCAAAGGAAUCUGGAUGUGAAACUGAAAAAUGUUUCUGUAAACAAAAGCGCUCUUGAAAGUACAGAAUCUCAUGUUUCUCGCAACAUACCACCAUAUGAUACUUCUGCAACUACACCUCAGGAGGCAUAUGUAUUGGACAAAAUCAUCCUUACUGGAGAAUGGGAUUAUCUUCAAGACAUCUAUAAAAAUUUGCAUCAGGAAGAAAAGACGGACUUCAGUUCUUAUCCAACAUUUGUUCGCAACAGGGUAGAGAGAUUAAGAAAAAUUAAGGAUGAGUCAGAACAGAGGAAGCUUUCCUGCAUACUCUCAUACAUCAAUCAUCUGAUAAAGUUCAAAGAUCAGCAUUCCUUUGAUGUUUUCUCUGCAAAGAGCCAUAAAAUCCCCAACAUCCUGCGACAUAAAUUUACAAAUAUGUUUGCUGUUUCUGAAUUAAGAAGGCUGCCCCCUGAAAAAAUUUCUCUUCUCGUAAGUUAUGUGCUGGUGCUUACACUUUUCGCUGAUGACUUCCUAACUGACUGCACCGAUAUAGCAAAGGAUCUGAGCAUGAAUGUUAUGGCGGUGAGACAAGUCUAUGAGCAACUGGGUUGCAAAUUUACCCGCCAGAAAAGCGCUUUUAACGGUUUGCGUGCUACGCUUCCUGUCCCUCUUAAAUUCCCUGAGUUAACGCAAAGAAAGAGGAAGAGGUAGAUGCAUCACUUGAGUCUCUUUUUAGGUCAUUGACUGUUACAAAUCCUGUGAUGUUAAAACAUUGUUAUCCAACACCUCUUCUGAUAGGAUAUUUGUUAUUAUUUCUAUCUGCAUACAUCUGAACCGUGUUUGCCGUUUUAGUAUUUUGAAGAAGCAAUUUUGAAAUUAGCAUACUCUAAUUAUGUUGAUAAAAA